AUGAAAAGGCCAUUCCAAAGUACUCAAACUGAUCGUGUCGCGGUUGCUGGAACGAGCGAGACGACCCCAUGGCUCCAACACACCCGCUGGGCCGAGCUGUUCCGCAUCAGAUCACUCGAAAUCAUCGCCGCCACGGCUAAGCAACCAGCCUUACAACCAAGUAGAAACUAUCUGCUUGGCCAAUGGCAAGGGUUCCCUUUGUGGAGCUCUGCAGAAACUGAGGCUCAGCUGCAGAUCAUCCUUCACGUGCUAGACUUGAUGUUCGACAGGGCAAGAGCUACACUCGAUCGUACGCCGUACAUCUCUCGCUGUUGGCUAAACACAUUCGCGAAAGAUGCUUUUUGGCCGCACGGAUUUUGGCUCAUACCAAGCUUCAAGAGAUAUUUGGCAAUAUGGAAAAGAUUCAUCUGCUUCGUAUUUCGCGUUCUGCAGUACCCGCCACUACAACGUCAGGAAGUGUACAACUUACGUCUAGGAUCCAACGAGGUGAAGAUGAUGCAGCAUAUACUGUACUUGGUCGAACAACUACAAUUGGGAGGAGACGAUCAUGUUAGUGACAGCUCGGACAGCGAAGAUGACAAACCCCGUGGCGAGGACCGGGACGACGACUGCGAAAUUCCUUCUGAUCUUGAAAACACAGAUACAGACGAAUAUUUUGAUGAAAGUAUAGACGAAGAUACUGUGAAGGAGCCGGCUUUUGUCUUCCAACUGGCUAUUGGCUACGGCUGUCCGAGGCCUUAUUCCAACUCUCAAUGA